CGAUUUCUUUAGCUUCCUUCAGCAAUAAUAAUAUAUUAUGAUCAAUCGAGAUUGACCUUGAAUAUCUGUGCCACCUAUGAGUUCCAUCAUUCCUGCGGCGAGCCUGUGCGACUGGACCGGUCUUGCGCGCUGCGGUACGACGAGGGAAUUGCCGCGAGGCUGCCGCCCAGCUGAGUGUGCCAGCCUCAACCCGACAUGAAGUCUUUACCUUCGCAUCUGUGCCAACUUGACGGCCCAACUACUACCGGGAAUCCUCCCCUUUACGAUCCUCGAACCUAGUCGAAAAAUGCGUCUGCUACACUACAACACCGAUAGCGGAUUCAACCUGACCGAGUUCUUCGAAGGCGAUAUACCCAGGAACUAUGCCAUACUUUCGCACAGAUGGGGAAAAGAGGAGGUUACUUUGGCAGAUCUGAAGAAUGGCAACUAUAAGAAGAUGGCUGGUUAUAACAAGAUACAGUUCUGCGGAGAACAGGCGAGGCGUGACGGCUUGCAAUACUUUUGGGUAGACACCUGCUGUAUCGAUAAAUCCAAUGCCGUCGAGCUUCAGGAAGCCAUCAACUCGAUGUUUCGCUGGUACCGGGAUGCGACCAAGUGCUACGUAUAUCUGCCAGAUGUUUCGUGGCCUCAAACCGAUUCGGCCGACGGAUCAAAUGGAGCCUGGAAAUGGACAUUUCGGAAGAGCGAAUGGUUUAGACGAGGCUGGACUCUGCAAGAGCUUAUUGCGCCGGCAUCAGUCGACUUCUUCUCUAAAGAGGGGGAGCUAUUAGGCAACAAAGUCUCUCUACACCAGAACAUCUGCGAGAUAACAGGCAUUCCAGCCAGUGCACUCCAAGGGGCCCCAAUGCCGAACUUUAGCGUUGAUGAGCGAAUGUCCUGGGCAGCAAAUCGUGAGACUCACCGCCAAGAAGACAUGGCAUACUCCCUGCUAGGUCUAUUCGGUAUUCAUUUGCCUCUCAUCUAUGGGGAAGGGAAAGAGCACGCGUUCAGGCGACUUAGAAAAGAGAUCCAGAACUCGCAAACAGAAGCCGAGCAGAACCCACCCGACCCUCAAACUCGAAGCUGCAUACAAGACCUACGAAUAACCGAUCCCCGCGAGGACAAGAUGCGGAUCGAAGACACGAAGGGUGGCCUGCUGCGAGACUCCUACCAGUGGAUCCUCGAGCAUCCCGACUUCCAAAAAUGGCGCGACGACAAACAGAGCCGGCUGCUCUGGAUCAAGGGCGACCCCGGCAAAGGCAAGACGAUGCUGAUUUGCGGCAUUCUCGAUGAAAUAAGCCCCUUAACAAGGCUGAGAGACAAGGAGGCAACCACCCUGCUGUCGUACUUCUUCUGCCAGGCCACCGAUUCGCGCAUUAAUAAUGCGGCAGCCGUGCUCCGCGGCCUUAUCUACUUGCUCAUUGACCAGCAACCACUGCUUGUCUCGCACGUGCGGAAAAAGUACGACCACGCUGGCAAGGCCCUCUUUGAAGAUACAAAUGCAUGGGUUGCGUUGUCUGAAAUCUUCACAAGCAUUCUGCAAGACCCAAGCUUAAAGAGCACCUACUUGAUCGUCGAUGCGCUUGACGAAUGCGAAACAGACCUUUCCCAGCUUUUAAAUCUGGUUAUUCGAACUGCCUCCAUAUCCCCUCGCGUCAAAUGGAUUGUGUCGAGCCGCAACAAACCCGAUAUCGAGGCGCGGCUGAGACUUGACGAUGUACAGAUGAGGCUUAGCCUUGAGCUUAACAAAGAGCAUGUUUCUCGUGCUAUCGAGAUGUUUAUCGAUUUUAAAGUGUCCAAACUUCCACUUAUAACGGACGACAGCGCGCUAAAGGAGACAGUUCGAGACCAAAUAUACGCCAAGGCUAGUGGGACUUUUCUCUGGGCGGCUCUUGUUUUAAAGGAGCUCGAGCCUGUAGAGAGCUGGGAUGUGCUCGAUAUGCUUCAGGGAAUGCCGCCUGAGUUAGAGCCGCUCUACGAUCGGAUGUUACGGCAAGUUGAACAGCUACAGCGCAAUGAUCCUGAGUUCUGCCGUCUCGUCCUCUCUACCAUAACUCUUGCAUACCGCCCACUCUACCUCCUCGAGGUAGGAGCCCUCUCUGAUCUGCCUAAGCAAAUCUCCACCAAUCUCGAUAGAGUUAUGAAGAUUGUCAACAAAUGUGGCUCUUUCCUCACUGUACGAGAGAAUCGCACCUAUUUUAUCCAUCAAUCGGCAAAGGACUUCUUGUUCGGAAAGGCAUUUCACAGAGUAUUUCCCUCUGGCAAGGCAGAGGUGAACUAUAGGAUGUUCUCGAGAUCGCGCGAGGUUAUAUCUAGAACGCUUCGACGCGACAUAUACGGGUUGCACGCCCCUGGAUUCCCAAUUGAGAAAGUCGAGCCGCCUGUUCUAGAUCCACUAGCCGCAGUACAAUACUCCUGUCUCUAUUGGGUUGACCAUCUACUUGACUGUGAUAGAGAGGACACUACUAAUGACCUCCAAGACGGUGGCACAGUCUGUCAAUUUUUAAGAACGAGUUAUAUUUACUGGCUUGAGGCGCUCAGCCUAAUGCAAAGCCUAUCAGAUGGCAUCGUUAUGAUUAUAAAGCUCGAGAUCUGGCUUCAAGCCGAUAAAAGUCCCGAUUUACAUGCGUUUAUACAUGAUGCGAGGCGGUUUGCUGUCUACAACCGAUCAGUUAUUGAACAGGCGCCCCUUCAAUCAUAUUGUUCAGCCCUUAUCUUCGCCCCAGAGAAGAGUAUUGUUCGAGAAACGUUUGAAAAUCAUAUCCCCCCUUGGAUCCAAAGAAAGCCUAGAGUACAAGCGCAUUGGAGUACGGCGCUGCAGACGCUCGAGGGCCACUCGGACUCCGUUAACUCAGUAGCCUUCUCCCCUGACGGCAAGCAGGUCGUAUCUGGGUCUGCGGACAAGACGGUACGGCUCUGGAACGCCGCGACAGGAGCGGCGCUACAGAAGCUCGAGGGCCACUCGAACUCGGUUACCUCUGUAGCCUUCUCACCUAACGGCAAGCAGGUCGUGUCUGGGUCGUGGGAUCGGACGGUACGGCUCUGGGACGCCGUAACAGGAGUCGCGCUGCAGACGCUCGAGGGCCACUCGGACUACGUUCGCUCAGUCACCUUCUCACCGGACGGCAAGCAGGUCGUAUCUGGGUCUGCGGACAAGACGGUACGGCUCUGGGACGCCGCGACUAGCGCGGCGCUGCAGAUGCUCGAGGGCCACUCGGACUGCGUUUACUCAGUAGCCUUCUCACUCGACGGCAAGCAGGUCGUGUCUGGGUCUUACGAUCAGACGGUACGGCUCUGGGACGCCGCGACAGGAGCGGCGCUACAGAAGCUCGAGGGCCACUCGAACUCGGUUAACUCAAUAGCCUUCUCACCUGACGGCAAGCAGGUCGUAUCUGGGUCGUGGGAUCGGACGGUACGGCUCUGGGACGCCGUGACAGGAGUCGCGCUACAGACGCUCGAGGGCCACUCGGACUACGUUCGCUCAGUCACCUUCUCACCGGACGGCAAGCAGGUCGUAUCUGGGUCUGCUGACAAGACGGUACGGCUCUGGGACGCCGUGAUAGGAGCGGCGCUACAGACGCUCAAGGGCCACUCGUAUAGAGUCAACUCCGUAGCCUUCUCCCCGGACGGCAAGCAGGUCGUCUCUGGUUCAGGGGAUCGCACAGUACGGCUCUGGGACGCCGCGACUAGAGCAGAGCUACAGAUGAUCGAGGGCCACUCGGACUCCGUUAGCUCAAUAGCCUUCUCACCUGACGGCAAGCAAGUCGUGUCUGGGUCUUACGAUCAGACGGUGCGGCUCUGGGACGCCGCGACAGGAGCAGAGCUGCAGAUGAUCGAGGGCCACUCGGACUCCGUUAGCUCAAUAGCCUUCUCACCUGACGGCAAGCAGGUCGUAUCUGGGUCUUACGAUCAGACGGUACGGCUCUGGGACGCCGCCACAGGAGCGGCGCUACAGACGCUCGAGGGCCACUCGAAGCCCGUCAGCUCAGUAGCCUUCUUACCCGACGGCAAGCAGGUCGUAUCUGGGUCUUACGAUCAGACGGUACGGCUCUGGGACGCCGCCACAGGAGCGGCGCUACAGACGCUCGAGGGCCACUCGAAGCCCGUCAGCUCAGUAGCCUUCUUACCCGACGGCAAGCAGGUCGUAUCUGGGUCUUACGAUCAAACGGUACGGCUCUGGGACGCCGCGACAGGAGCGGCGCUACAGAAGCUUGAGGGCCACUCGAACUCCGUUACCUCUGUAGCCUUCUCACCUAACGGCAAUCUGCUACCUACUUUACGUAUAUAUAAUCAUUGGGUAGUAGAUGGUAAAGCGAAUAUUCUCUGGCUACCUCCUGAUUAUCGACCUAGGUGUAAAGCUAUUUGGGAUGAAACUGUUAUUUUAGGACAUUCAUCAGGGAGACUUUCAUUUCUUCAGUUUAAACAAGGGCCGAAGCUUGUAGUAUAGAACUAGUAUAUUGUACACCCUGUAUUAUAGUAUUAAUUUGAUAUCUCUUUUUCUUUUUAUCUCUGUUUCAUAGAGGGUUCAAAGGGAGUACGUGGC